AUGUACGAGGAGUCCCAGGUUCCCCUCCAACACUCCGCGCCGCCCUACGCAGACCAGCCUCCCCCGUACUCUCCCGAUAUUGCUGCCUCGCCCGCCGCCAUGGAAGAGCCGGUCAAAUCCCACCCCAAGUGGAAUCCAAAGUACUGGAGCACGAAAGUCAAGAUCUUUGCCGGCGCUGCCGUCGCUGCUAUUAUAGUUGCCGUAAUUUGUGGUGCAUACUUCGGUGUCAAGAACAAUGCCUACCCAGACUACAAGAAGCUGAAUUACUCCCUGAAAGAUACCUAUGGCGGUAGUGAUUUCUUUGACAAUUUCAACUUUUUCAGUGAUGCGGACCCGACCAACGGCUUCGUACAAUACGUUGACUCUGCCGGCGCGGAGUGGCUCAACUUGACAUAUGCUAGCUCCAGCUCUGCGGUCAUGAAGGUCGACACCACCUCCGAUGUCGACACCUCCAACGGACGACGUUCCGUGCGCAUCACGUCCAAAAAUCAGUAUGACGACGGGCUCUUCAUCUUCGACAUAGUGCACACGCCUUAUGGCUGCGGCACUUGGCCUGCGCUCUGGCUCAGCGAUCCGGACAAUUGGCCAGAAAAUGGAGAGAUCGACAUGAUGGAGGGCGUGAACCAGAUCGCCAAUAGCAAGGUGCAGUCGACGCUGCACACGACCAACCACUGCAAGAUGAACGUCAAGCGUAAAGAGACGGGCAAUGUUCUCGCAAAGAACUGUUGGAACGAGACGAACAGCAAUGCUGGAUGCGGUGUGAAAGGUGGCAGCAACACCAUGGGCAAAGGCUUCAACGCCAACGGCGGCGGCAUCUAUGCGCUGGAGAUGCGUCACGAGGGUAUCCGAAUCUGGUUCUUUGGACGCGACGAGGUGCCCGACGACAUCACCAACGGCACGGCGCCCGAUCCGAGCACCUGGGGCGAAGCCAUGGCCGACUUCCCCAGCACCAACUGCGACAUGGGCUCGCAUUUCCGCAACCAAAGCAUCAUCGCGAACAUUGCUCUGUGCGGCGACUGGGCAGGCAGCGAGGCCGUGUACAGCGACCAGGACUCAUGCCCAGGGUCUUGCAAGACCUACGUGCAGCAGAAUCCGGAUGCUUUUACGAACGCCUACUUCGAGUUCAAAAGCUUCCAAGUGUACCAAGCAAGUUAA